GUUUUAUUUUUAGAUGUGGGUAAUAUAGCCUGGGUCGGAGAAGAUCAGUUGCAGCCAUUAGCCAUACAGUUCAGUCAUAUGCCUCCACAGGCUAUAGAGAGCUGGCUCGUUGGGGUUGAUUCAGAUGCUCGCUGGAAUACCAAGGCUGCGACAUUCCUCAAAGAAAUUACAGAUGACCGCAUUCUCGUUGGAUAUGUGGAUGAGGUGCACAGAGAAUCUCAUCGCAUCGGUAUACAUUUGUUUAGUACAGAGGAUGGAGAUCUAGACAUCAAUGCAGCAGUGCAAGAAUAUGUGGAACGUCGUAAACAGCUUCUGAGUUGCCCAGGAAAUUCUUCAGAAUAUAAAUAGAAGGACUCUGCUAUGUGAUUAGUUCAGUCAGAUUAAUUUUCCGUUUAUUUUAUGCUUCUUAUUUUUGAGUGAGAAAUACUGUAAAGUCAAGAAUGUAGUUAGUGAUGAUUUACACAAAGAAUGAGUUGUUUUUAAGUUCCUUAUUUUUCGCUAAAUAUUCAGUGAUUGUAUACCUAUUCAAGAAAGGAGUUCAUAUUCAUGAUUGUCACCCAUUAUGAUUAUUUUUUAUAUACGUCAAGAUAAGAAUGAAAUAUGUAUGAUAAUAAAGGACUUCGUUAUAAUAGAACCGACUUGUGAUACGAAGAACAAAUCACUUUCAAAAAUACAAACGUGUCCUAAUUUCCUAUAAAAAGGAAUUGUUGGGAGAAACUAUUCAACUGGUAACUGUUUGGUAUCCCCUACCUGAUUACUUACUUUUCUUUGGAGAAUAACAUUUAAGUGUAAUGCUUAUAGAGACAGCCCCUUUGAUUGAAAUAAAUUAAAGAUUUUUUUCUGCAAAUGCCCUGCUAGUCUAGUCAUGUUUAGCUUUCUUCCGCUGUGAAACCUAAGCACGACCUAAACGUUGUCUCACUGGUUCCUGGUACAGGGUCCUGAUCUGCAUAACGACUUGUCAGUGAUGUUAACAUAGGGUCAGUGUCAUGGCUACCUUUUUAGUUCACUUGAGAAACUUCCAUCUGUCCAGGAAUCAUCCCAGGGUGUUUCACUUGCACAGACUGACAGGGAAGGAAAGUGCUCAAGGAUCAAAUAUAAGCACAGGUCCUGUAGCAUUGUGCGAGACAUGGUAGAACUUUAUCUUGCAGUAGAUGCUGGAGGGCACGAUGGAUUUAAUGCAUGACUCAGAAGGUUGAAAAUUGAGAAUUGCAAUAAUCUCAAGCAAGUGGGAUUAUCAUAUUGUUGAGGAUGAGCAAGAAAUUGGGAAUUUUGCCAGUGGGGUCAAAGAGCACUGUUAAAGUACGUGGCCUUCACUUAGAAUACCAUUGUCAGAAAAAAAAGAAUACCAAGCCCUGCCAUAGGUGAAUGCAGUUUGCUCAUCAGAUUCUAUUGGAAGCAUGGGCCAAGUAUUUUCAGCAGCUAUUGCAAAUAGAUUUGCAGGCAUUUAGCUU